ACCCCAGUGUGUGCAUCGGCACUUCCGCCCCCGUCUUGGUCUAGCCCGGGGCCACCGACCGCGACGCGAUUUCUGGCUCUCCCGAAAUCCUGAUCCCCUCGCCCUCCCGUCGGUUCCCCACUCUCGCAUCGACGGCGACACCAUCGCCAGUGGCCCCUUCAGGCACCCCGCCGCCGGCAUGACCUCCGGGUCGCCGCCGGGUUCGCCCCCCUCCCAAGGCUCCCAGAGAAAACGAGGUUCAACCAAAGAUUCUGUUGGCUUGUAUGCGGUGCAAUGCAAUGUGUGCUACAAAUGGCGUAUGAUUCCAACUAAAGAAGAAUUUGAAACACUUCGUGAGAAGUUCACUGAGGAUCCAUGGUUCUGCAGCAGAAGACCAGACUGCUCUUGUGAUGAUCCUGCUGACAUUGAGUAUGACAGCAGCCGUAUUUGGGUCAUCGACAAGCCCAACAUACCGAAGCCUCCACCAGAGACGGAGAGGCUAGUGAUUAUGAGGCGUGAUUUCACUAAAAUGGACACCUACUAUGUCAUGCCAAAUGGGAAGCGUGCAAGGUGUGCUGGGGAUGUGGAUAAGUUUCUGGAGGCAAAUCCAGAGUACAAAAACCGCAUAUCUGUUUCAGACUUCAACUUUGCACCACCCAAGGUUGUUGAGGAGACUGUUUCUCACAACUCUGCCUGGAAGGCUGCCAAGGCUAAGAAGCAGGACAAGGCAGACGCAUCGAGUGCACAAAAGUGAUAGAAACUCUGAAUCGUACCUGUGCUAUGUUUAGGUGAUAGUCCUCUCAGGAUCAUGUCACAUUCCUAUCUAUGUCCAACUGAAGUUAAUGUAGGUUUUAUCGCUGUGACUUUGCUCUGAAUGCUCUGAUGCAAGUGUAACCGAACCCUUGUGUUAAGAUUCCUGGGAAAUCUCUGAGGUGGUUAAUAAGUUCUGUA